AUGGGGUAUCUCUGGAAAGCGCAUUUGACAUUCGGAAUAGGUGUUGCACAGAUAACAAGCGCACGAUCGCUUCGAUUCGGAGAAGAACCCACCAGUCGUCUCCACAAGCUGUUAGAGAUGCUGUCCAUAGCCAUGGAAGAGGAAAGGUUGCCAAGGUACGAUGACGCCGAGAAGCUGAAGAGGGAGCAACAGCUGGACUCCAUGAGGCUUCAGCUCUCGCUUGCUGUAUGCCCGUCGGGGAACAGACUGCUGAGCUGCAAGAGCGUUAUCUCAUCGGACGACCUAGUCUUUGUUCCUACUACUCCUCAGAAGUACCGGAGGAGACCGCAAGAGAGGAGCCUGGAACCGCCUGAAGAAGACGAAGGAGGAGGAGACUUUCUUGGAAAAGUGCAUCUGCUGCUGGCAGGAAAUCCACCCGAUGUCUUGGCGGCGGGGAGGAUUGUCCACGAGAUGAUAGCGCACGCUGGCUCAGAUGACUACUCGGAGGGAGAGGUCGGGCUUGAGCUCUCAGAUGCGUGCUCGCAGAAGGUGGUCAAAUGUGCGCGCAUGGAGUUGAAGAGUGUUUGUAGCGGUAGAGUCAGCGGCCCUUCCUGGAGGGACGACCUUCUCAGGAUCAUUGCGCUGUGGGACCUAUCAGCGGAACUGGAUGGUGACGAUUCGGAAGAUGAAGAUCUCAUAUCGGAUUUCCUGCAAGCUCAACUGGAAAAUCUGUCGGUUUCAUGCUACAGGAGGAUGUUCAAACGGCAGACUCCCACGAUCCAAAGUUCGCAAGACCUCUUGAAGGCUAUCAACACGAUCAGCAAGGAGGAUAUUGACGUGCCAGGGGCAUUGAACGGCCUUGAAGAUGUGUUGUACUUUGUCCUGGACUUCAUGCAGCUUUUCUUGAAGAACGCCAAGAAUUCAAACCAGAGCUUGUUGACGAAUCUAGUUGCCCGAGGGGCUUCAGUCUCUUCGCGGAUCUGCUACAGCCUCUUCAUCUCUCUCCUGCUGGGGCUGUCACUGACCAGCAUCCUCCAUGCAUGCAAGGUCCUGAAGCAAGAGGAAGAUGGUUCCGACGACGGAGAGAUCGCGAACAAGGCUCAAGUCAAGACGGAGCUGAACAAGGCAUUCAAAGUCAUCGAAACCUUCGAGGAGAGGAUGGUCGAGAUGCUGGGAUCGGAGAGUGAGCGUUUCGAUUCUUCCUUCCUGUCCGACGAGUUCGCCGAGGUGGUCAAGUGCUCGUUCGAGGUCUUCGACAGCCUGGAGGCUGAAGAAGCUUGA